AUGUCGCCUGAGUCAUGUACACCGCCCAGACAUGGUACACCGCCUAGAUAUGGUACACCUCCUAAACGUGGUACACCGCCUAGACAUGGUACACCGCCUAGGCAUGGUACACCGCCUAGACAUGAUCCUCCUCCUGAUAAUUCUCCUUCAACCUCUCCUCUACCUUCUUCUCCCCCUCUUUCUCCUUAUUAUCCUCCUACUACUUCUUCUCAUCCUCCUCCUUUUACUCCUUCCCUUUCCGCUCCUGAUCCUUCUCCUCCUCAUCCUCCUCCUUCUAUAUCUCCUCUUCGUCCUCAUCGCCCUCUCGAUCAUCUUUCUGCUCAUCCUCCUCCACAUCGUCCUACUUCUACUUUGUUUCUUUCUCCUGAUGGUCCGCCUGCUUAUCCUCCUCCUGAUCUUCCUCCUCAUUAUCCUCCGGAUCAUUCUUCUCCGCAUCCUUCUCCUACUCUUCCUCCUUCCUCACCGUCCUACUUUUCGUUAUCAUCAUCCUCCUUCGCUUAUUUCGUUAUAUAA